UCCGCUCUUCCUCCUCCGCCAUCUUGAGAUCAACGCGUAGUUGAAUUCAAGUAGUCCCUGCUCGCCAUCUUUACUCCCUUUUUGAAAAUGAGUGACCAGCUCUGUAAGCUCUUCGUCGGCGGCCUGAACGUGGACACCGACGACGAUGGCCUCCGCAAGCACUUCGAGCAGUACGGGGCCCUUACCGACUGUGUGGUCGUCGUGAACAAGCAGCUGCAGCGCUCCCGCUGCUUCGGCUUUGUUACCUACUCCACGCCGGAGGAGGCCGACGCCGCCAUGGCUGCUAGGCCGCACACCGUCGACGGUAACUCGGUGGAGGUAAAGCGAGCUGUGGCCAGAGAAGACGCAAACAAGCCCGAAGCUUUGGCUAAAGUGAAGAAAAUUUUCAUCGGUGGGCUGAAAGACGACAUCGAAGAGCAGCAUUUGACCGACUACUUCUCGCAGUACGGCCAGGUGGAGAAGUCUGAAGUCAUCUCCGAGAAGGAGACGGGGAAGAAGAGGGGCUUCGGAUUCGUGUACUUCACCGACCAUGACUCGGCAGAUAAGGCCGUGGUGGUGAAGUUUCACACCGUUAAUGGACACAAAGUGGAGGUGAAGAAAGCCCUGACUAAACAAGAGAUGCAGGCCGCGAGCAGGAACACAAUGGCGCCGAGGGGCAGACCGGGCCGCGGCAUGAGAGGAAAUCAAAAUGGCUACGGAGGCAGGGAAUAUGGCGGAAGCUACAACUACGGAAAUGGCGGCGGUGGCGGCUACAACUGUGGCGGCUACGGAGGGUACGGUGGACCGUACGGAGGCGGCUAUGGCGACCAGGGAAGCGGCUACGGUGGCGGCAACGGCUACAACGACUUUGGCAGCGGCUACGGCCAGCAGUCCUCUGGCUACGGUCCCAUGAAGGGGCCGCCUUUCGGGGGCCAGCGGAGUGCGGCUCCCUACGCCAGAGGCGGCGGUGGCGGCGGAUACCCCAGGGGGGGCUACGGCGGCGGCGGCUACUGAAAGGCGACACCCUGAAACAAGAAUCCCCCCUCUC